AUGGAAGUCGACGGUGAGAGCAGCAGCAGCUUGCAGGUUGCAGGGAGGAAGAAAGACGCUGCAGAUGAAGUCGCUGGAGAUGAAGACGGAGUCGCUGAAGCUAUAGAACGAUGCAAGACAGCUACAGACAGCGAUAAACAAGACAAUAGAUCAACAGACAAGACAGCAAGAGCAAGAAGAAGAGCUCCAGCUUCCGCUCUUCAGCUGCUCGCUCGUCCCAUGGUAAAAGCAGAACUCACGUGUGGUGCUUUUUCUGGUGACGUUCUAGAAGAAGAAGAAGAAGAAGAAGAAGAGAAGAAGAAGACGGUCGAAGUCGCUUUUCUUCCUCGUCUUCUCUCCCGCUGGCUUCGUUCACCUUAA